UUCCUGGAAAAAUUGACCGCGAUGCAGGGUGUCUUUUGCGCUGCUAAUCAUAUAUAAUGUCUUAGAUAGUGGCGUCCAAUUCGACCGACUAGGUACUUACCUAGUUAACUAACUAGCUUAAUCAACUUAAUCAACUGUGCCUUGAACUUUGGCCCCCGCUUACCCCAGCUUUUCUGCCCGGAAUGCGCGACGCUUAAGUAGAUCACCAGCACAGCAUCCCUUGAUUCUGUGCUCUUGCACCUUCUCUCAUCCAACCGUCUGUGGUGCAAUUAACCGACAAUAAUGGUCUCCUUGUCGGUGAGAUUGGCCCUUGCGGCCGUGCUGCCUCUACUCAUCAGAGAGAGCGUCGCGAAGGAAACGCGACCUCAGGUUCAUGACGAUCCCGUGCUCUUGCGGCGCGCAUGCCCGGACUAUACUGCCUACUCCGCAGUCAAGCACGCACCGUACAGCGAUGGCCCAUUGAAGCUGCCUUUCCAGCGCCCCGCAGAGGAAUGCCGAACGUUCUCAUCUCCCGCCGUGGAGAAAGUCAUUAAAGAUAUCACCGCUCGUAUGGUCGACAAGGACCUUGCUCAGAUCUUCCAGAAUGCUUUUCCAAAUACCCUGGACACCACUGUUCGAUGGCACGUCAACAGUUCUGCAGCAGCAAAGCUGAAGACCAGGAGAGACGGCAAGUGGCAGGGAGCGCAGACAUUUAUUGUCACGGGUGACAUUGAUGCAGAAUGGCUUCGUGACUCCACAAACCAGCUGGCGCAGUAUCAGGCCCUGGCUAAGACGGAUGAGUCGCUUUACAGCCUCAUUUUGGGCGCGAUCAACACCCAAGCGGAAUAUGUCAUUGAGUCUCCUUACUGCAAUGCCUUUCAGCCGCCUCCUCCAAGUGGACUGAGCCCGUCGAACAAUGGACAGAAGGAUACUGUUCAUCCCGCAUACGAGCCUUCGUUUGUCUUCGAGUGCAAGUACGAACUCGAUUCCCUGGCCCAUUUCCUGAAGCUCGGUAACCAGUUCUAUGCGAGUACACGAUCUACUGAAUUCGUGACCAGCAGGUGGUACACUGCGCUGGACACGCUGCUGGGCGUCCUGGAUGCCCAAUCGCAGCCGACGUUCAACGCGCAGAAUCAGUACGUCACGAAUCAGUACACCUUCCAGCGCGAGACCACCGCAGGCACGGAAACCCUCAGCUUAAGCGGGAUCGGCAACCCUUUGAACAGUGGGACAGGCCUCAUCAGGAGCGCAUUCCGGCCCAGUGACGACGCUACGAUUCUUGGGUUCUUCAUCCCACCCAAUGCCAUGAUGGCUGUAGAACUGCAGCGCACGGCAGACGUGGUUGAAGCUGCAGGCGGGAAGGCUGAUCUUGUGAACAAGCUACGGACGAGAGGAAAGAAUCUCGAGCAGGCUGUCUGGGAACAUGGCGUGGUCGAUCACAAGAAAUACGGCAAGGUAUUCGCUUUCGAGGUGGACGGCUAUGGCUCCCGAAUCAUCAUGGACGAUGCCAACAUGCCUUCCUUGCUCUCCCUGCCACUGCUGGGCUUCGUGGACAAGAACGACCAGACAUAUCAGAACACGCGCAAAAUGAUCCUCCAAAAGGACGGAAACCCUUACUACCUAACAGGUUCUGCCUUCCAUGGAAUCGGUGGACCACACAUCGGUCUCGAAAAUGCCUGGCCAAUGUCCCUCCUCGUGCAGGCCCUGACCUCAAACUCAGACGACGAAAUCGUCGCAUCUAUCAACCUCGUCCGUAACUCCAGUCUCCUCGGCCUCGUCCACGAGUCCAUCAACGUCAACAACAUCACCGAUUAUACCCGGCCCUGGUUCGCGUGGGCCAAUUCCCUCUUCGCGCAGACUAUCCUCAAAAUCGCCGCCACGAAACCCUAUCUACUCUUCGGAAAGGAUGCGCAGCCAUAUGUCAUUUCAUGAGAUGAGAUAAUCAUCUUGAACUUCUCUCGUUCGUGUUCGGAUGCGGUGUUGUUUAUGAAUGAAUGGGUUUAAUAUCCGCUCUCCUCUGCUCUUGCAGCUUGCUUGCUAUUCAUGUCGCUUUUUUUUAAAUGUUUUCUACACCUUCAUGCUACGCAGGAAGCAUGGUAUGCAUUUUGCCAUCGAGAAUGCAUUAGGGCGGCGCUUUUUUCUUUUUCUUCUUCUUCCGGGGGAUUCAGUCAAUCAAUCAUUCAUGAAAGGGUUAUGAUUCGGCAUCAGAAAGGAAACACAGGUUGUGAACCUGAUUGGGUAUUAGUUUGGUUAUAGUUAAGCUAUACUAUUAUAUAAUGAUUAUCGUUAUUAUCACAGUCAUAGCAUCAGUGUUCGUGUUCUCU